AUGUCGACAAACGCGGACGAGAAUACCGAACUGGUAGAAAAAGAGUGUGAAGAGUUGAAAGCGAAGUGCAAGGAUUUGGAGGGGAAGAAUCGGGAGUUGCAGUGGCAGUUGCAGUGGGCGAAGAAGGAUUCGGAGGAGAGAAUGAGUGAGGCUGAAAGAAAUCACGAGAUGUUAAAGAAGGAGACUACCGGGGACAAGGAUUUAAAGCAGAGGAACUGUAACUUGGAAGGCGAGAUUGAGGCUGUGGAAAGGGAGAACGAGGAGUUGGGGAAGAAGUUUGGGACAUUGAAGGGGACAGUCCUGAGCUUGCUUUCUUAA